UAAAAACAAGCAUGCUUCACAAAAAUAACAAAUUUGUCGUUUUGAUGUAUUAAUGUUAGCUAAUUUAUAACAUGUAGAUAAUUAUCGAGUCUCAGUUUAGGGUAACCAGUUCGAUAAAUUACUUGUACAUAGAUGAUGUAAUGUUUUAUGUUUUGAUCUCGGAGGAACAAAACUGGUGCUUACGUGCUGCGAAGUUAUUGGCGUGCAGGUGAAGAGGAUGUGACUUUAUCUCACAGAAGAACAAAUAUAAAGCUGCGGUUUUACUGCUCAGUGCAGUUAAAUGCCAUUCAGACUCAUACACGUAAACACAUUUAGGUCACCAACUCACAUCAAGUUGUUUCAACAUGAAUUUCUCUCUUGUUACAUCGAUUUAUCUCUCUGCUUACUAUGGAAUGGAAGAGCUGAGGUCCAUGUAUUUCUGCAUUUUCCUCAUCGUGUACCUCACCAUCAUCACCGAGAACAUCUUGCUGAUCAGGGUGGUUUAUUGUGAAAAAUCCCUGCAUCACCCAAUGUGUGUGCUUUUGUGUAACUUGGCCGUGAAUGAGCUGGUAGGGAGCACCGCCUUGCUGCCGGCGACGCUGAUCAACAUUCUCUCACACACACACCAGAUUUCUGUUUCUUUUUGCCAGACGCAGGUCUUUGUCCUACACACGUACGCCAUCACCGAAUUCACUAUUCUCGCGGUGAUGAGCUACGACAGAUACGUGGCCAUUUGUCAUCCACUGUCCUACCAUGUGAUCAUGUCUCAGAGGAUAGUGAAGCUGAUUGUUUUUAUGUGGCUUUACCCCAUGCUGGCACUGAGCGUGGUUUUCGUGUUUACUCUUCAGCUGCCGUAUUGUGGCCAGACCAUAGAGAAGCUUUACUGCCUCAACUACUUGCUUGUGCAACUUGCAUGCACAAAUACAGUCAUAGUGAACAUCAUCGGUCUGCUCUCUGCGGCUCUCUACACGGCUCCUCAGCUGAUCAUGAUCUUUUACUCGUACUCACACAUCCUGAAGAUUUGCAUAAUGUCGUUCAGCAAAUCCAAAUUCAAGGCCCUCCGUACUUGCAUUCCCCAUCUGCUGGCUGUAAUCAACUACGCCACUGGGUGCUUCUUUGAGCUGGCACAAGGUCGUCUUGACAACAGGCACAUGUCUUAUCACACUAAGCUGUUUUUGUCCCUGUACUUUUUGAUAUUCCCACCGCUCCUAAACGCCCUAAUAUACGGCUUGGGCACACAAAUAAUAAGAAUCCGACUCAUCAAGCUUUUCACCAAGUCCAAGUGACGUAGUCAAGAUGUUUUAUUUAUAUUUGGUUUCAUUAAAUGUGCAUCCAACAUGGUGUUCAGAAGUCCUCUAAAUGCUGUUUGUUUCUUUUUGAGUGCUGCUAAUCUUGCCAGUUUUUAAAUAUUUAUCCACAAUUUAGUUUUAUGUUAGUAGAUGCACAAAUGCUUUUAAAAACAUAAUAUCCCCUCUGAUAUUUAGCCAAAUUUUUACAUCCUAUUCAUAAUUAACAAAGUUUUCUCUCUUUUUUUUUUUGUCAUUUUUACCUCAAGAAGCUUGUAUCAAAAAUAACACAAUGCAUAUGUUUACGUUUGCAAAGUAUUUCCUGGGAUUAUUUAACAUUAAAGUUGAAUUUUUUCCAUGCUUGAAAUGUUAAUUUCACAGUUUCUGCCCUUCUCCUUUUGACUUUUUAUAGAUAUUAUCACAGAACCACCUAAAACCUAUUAAAAUUUUUUCUCUAAUAAUUAGCAAAGUUUGCUAUAAUUAAAAACUACAGGGUACUUUAUUUUGCCGAGAAAUCCGAGUGUCUCUAUCAAAACUAAAGUCUGUUUCAAGUUUAUUCAGUCUUAAUUUUUUAUUUUCUGUCCUCCAAGUUAGAAAAUUCGCUUAAGCGUCUUGACAUCUUCGAAAACGUUAAAGGUCACAGAGCAGAAAGCUCAGAUUAGAAAGAGAGCAAAGAAGAAAACAGGCUUAUGUUAUCGUCACAAUAUUUACCAAUAUUAUGGCAAUUGCAAGAUUUUUCAAUAUUGUGCAGGCCUAACUGUGAUAACUGAUUCCAAUAUUAUCAUUUACUUUAAAUUUAAGGGUCAAUAUUGGGAUUUUAAGAAUACUUUUAUAAUACUGUGUAUUUUUCUCAUUCCUGGUUAUUUUAUUCUACAUCUGUUAAGCAACAAGAUUUUUGUCAGUUUCUCUUUGACCUGAAUGAGAUAAAACAACAAGCCUUGUUUAUGCCUGUACCAUAUUUUAAUCAAUAGAAAAAAAAAAAAAUGUAGCUACAAUAUGGCACAGGUGUGCAAUAUGAGUCAGCUUCAAAUGGCAUGGUAAUGUACUUUAGUCUUACAGAGCAUGCUUCUCCAUUAAACACUUACUAAAUACAAUUUUUUAUUUUAUUUUUAUGGUUAACAUUAAGAGAAAAAAAUAAAAAUAAAAAUCACAUUUCUGGGCCAGUGUCUAUAAUAAGUACAGAAAACACGCUGUGCUGGUUGUGUGCAUGAGAUAUGGGUGGAAGGGUGGGAGCGAUAACACCAGUAUCCUCUGAACCGAAUGCACUUAGAAUUACAAAACUGCCGUACAAACAAUCAGGUAGACAGCAUGCAUACAAAAAUAGACAACUAUUCUUAUCGCUCCAUUGUAAUAUACAGUAGUUCAUUAUUGCCAGGCGUUACAUUUUUAUGCCUCUGCUCUGAGGAAAUAGCUUUCUCUCUAAAUCUUCUCUCUUCUCUCCCUCUUUAAAAAGGUACAAUGUACAUUCACUAUCACUGAGGCACAGCACUUGAUGUACAGAUUAAAUAGGUAGCCAAA